ACUAAACACCUGGGCCUUCUUCAGUCUGCACAACAUGUUUAUGAGCACCAAAUGCCCAUUUAUGGAUUUUCCUUCCUUUAGUUCUCAGGGCCUAGGGCUGUGGCCCCCUGUUUUUUUCCAUUCUACCUAACAUGUUUUCGCUAUGGGCCAAAGUCUGAGACCCAUGGUCUUCUUCAUUUUCCAUAACAAUUCAUGAGCUACGGUCUGGGAACAAUGGUCUUUUCCAUUCUACCUAACAUGUUAUCGCUAUGGGCCAAGGUCUGAGAACCACUGUCUUUCCCAUUUUUCAUAACAAGUUUACAUUUGUUAUUACAAAUGUGCACAAAAAGGGGCUCCAUUCCCUCGUCAAAGUUACAUUUGCCAUUUGCUUCUGAGUCUUUUACGACAGACAUCUGCCCUGAGGAUUAAACCUGCAUUCAACUAAAAUGAAUCCUUCACCUCCAGGUCGGUCAAUUCAGCCUGGCUACACCCGCCGGGACCCUCGUCCUUCUCCCUAUCCAAGACCUGCGCCUGCUGACCCCAUGGCCGGCUAUCGCCGCUUCCAACUGCGUCAUAUCAUCUCUGAGCUCACUACGCUUCUGGAACAGCUCAGUUCUCCUGAACUGCCUGCGCAUGCUUAUCUGCCAUCCCAUAUUGUGAGAAAUCCUCCUGUUCUCAUGUCCUCCUCUCAAACCACUCUGGUAAACCUCGUGGACAGGGGAUCUCAAACUGAUGGCUGUCCUCAUGCUCACCCUUGCACCCGUGAGCUUGGAACUCCCGGCUCCCCCCCUCCUUAUGCCUAUGUUCGUCCCCUCUCUCCCACCUUUCCAUCUUCUCCCUCUGAUUCUAACCCUGCAUCUCCAGAUUACACUCCUGGAUCUCCAGAUUACACUCCUGGAUCUCCAGAUUACACUCCUGGAUCUCCAGAUUACACUCCUACUACUCCCCUUUACUAAGGCCUAAUAAA